UAUCAUUUCAGUCGCUUUCAAGCCGGUGUCGCUGUUGGUCGUUGUUUAGUGAUGAGGUUUUCAAGUAGUAGUUAUUUAAAUUAUAUGCAAUUACAAUCGUAGCUGUUUUAGCAACUUCUAAUCUAUUGAAUUUUGGGAACUAGACAAAUUGUAUGUUUAUUGUUCGUCCAAAUUUAAGUUAUUAACUUAAAAAUACUGUCAACUCUCCUCAACUCGAUAUUGGUGGGACCAUCGAGUAAGCAGUGACAAGGUUCACAGAAUUUAUGACCGUGAGUGCAACCCGUUGUUGUUGACUGCGAUACGACGAAGCCUGUGUUCAUCGACGGUAGGAAAGAAGCAGCAGCCGGAGAAGAUCGACAUGACCGAGUUCAACACUAUCAGCCGACCAUCAGCUCAUCCGGAGCUACUGGCAAACGGGACCUACUUUCCUGACCUUCCUAAAUCGGGACCACUGACCAAAUACCGACAACAGUCAGCAAUCGACUGGCGCAAAGUGAAGCUAGCGUUCAACGAUGAAGCCUCCUUGGAACUGCAGCACAGCACGUGGAACUUCCUCCAGAGUCAUCCGCUGUUUGCCAGACCUAGCCGGCCUCUGUCGACCGAUGAAAGUCGACACCUAGCGACAAAGCAAAUGUACGCACUUCACGAUGCGAACCUUUUCGGCAUUGAUAAGCUACUGGAGCGACCGGAUUUCGUGGCAUUCUUCAACCACGUGCUGAUGGCUUAUGAUCCCAACUUUGCCGUGAAGCAUUCCCUAGGGUUUGGAAUGUUUUCAUCGGUUAUUCAAGCGCUUGAUGUUGGUCGGUUAUCCCACAUCAUCCAGCAGAACCAGAGCGGUGAGAUCUUGGGCGCAUUUGGAUUGACCGAAAUUUCCCACGGAACCAACGCUAAGGGAAUGCGCACAACGGCAACCUAUGACGUGAAGACCAAAGAGUAUGUCUUGAACACUCCGGACUUCGAAGCUGCCAAAUGUUGGAUUGGGAAUCUGGGAAAAACCUGUACGCACCUCGUUUGCUAUGCUCAACUUUACACAGAGGAUGGACGACACCAUGGACUGAAUGCCUUCGUAGUGCCAGUGCGUGAUCCGAAAACUCUGAAUGCAUAUCCUGGGGUGAUCGUUGGAGAUCUCGGAGAAAAGUCCGGUUUGCAUGGCGUAGAUAAUGGAUUUGUCAUGUUCAAGAAGUAUCGCAUACCACGAGAUUACUUGCUAGCUAAGACUGGAGACGUUAAUGAAGAGGGACAGUUUGUUUCUCCGUACAAGGACGAAAAUAAAAGAUUCGGUGCUUCUUUGGGAGCGCUGUCUGGAGGAAGAGUUGGAAUUUGUGGUAUUGCGAAUAUCUAUCUCACGAAGGCCAUCAGCAUUGCCAUUCGUUAUUCGGCCAGUAGGAAGCAAUUUGGUGCCGACGAUAACUCCGAAGAGCUGCCGGUGCUCGAGUACCAGUCGCAACAGUUUCGCUUGUUUCCCCACUUUGCUAACGUUUUCACUAUAAAAAUGUUCAACCUCUGGUUCGCCAAGGUGUACGGAGAUGUUCUGCUGAAAAUGUUAAUGGGCGAAAGGAACGGACACGUGGGGAUGGAACUGCACGCGUUGUCUUCGGCUGCCAAACCAGUUUGCACCUGGGCUGCUAGAGACGGCAUUCAGGAGUGUCGUGAAGCUUGCGGAGGCCAUGGAUUCCUGAAGCUCUCGACUCUGGGAGAUUUGCGCAACGACAACGAUCCGAACUGCACUUAUGAAGGGGAGAAUAACGUACUGAUUCAGCAAGCGUCCAAUUGGCUGCUGAACGUUCGGGCUCGUGGAUUUGAAGCGUUCGAAGUUGUUUCACCGCUUGGGAGCGCCGCCUUCUUAAAAGACUCCGCGAAGAUACUGAAAUCGAGGGCGAAUUGGAAAACACCUCUGCAAGCGUUAGAUAUUCAAGCACUUUUAGAUGCACUUAAUUGGUUAGUGGCUUUCUUACUAGAAGAAACUUAUGCCAAGACUGUGCAAUUGAAACAAAAAGGAAAAUCAUCGUUCGAAGCUAGAAACGAGUCGCAAUCAUUCUAUGCAAGAACGUUAUCCAUCGUGUAUGGUGAGAGAGCUCUCAUAUACGCGGCAAACAAGUUUUUGAACAAUCUAGAAGAUGGCCAGGAAAAAAUCGCUCUUCAGCGAUUGGUUUCGCUCUGCGGUGCUAACCUGGUUCUGAAGUAUAGCGGCAUCUUCUACGAAGGUGGAUACUUCAACCAGACGCCAAAGGCGAUGAGUCUGCUGCAGCAAGGAGUGCUGGAAUUGCUACCGCUGGUGAAGACCGAUGCCAUUUCGCUAGUCGACGCUAUAGCUCCCCCUGAUUUCGUGCUCAAUUCGCCUCUGGGUAUGAGCGACGGCGAAGUGUACAAACACAUGGAGUCGGCCAUCAUGCAAGCUCCGGGAGCUUUGGAACGGCCGCAGUGGUGGCGGGAUGUAGUUUACAGGGACUACAUUAAAUCGAAACUGUAGUAUGCUAAUGUUUUUAAACGAUAUUUACAUAUGUGAUAUACUAUUUUUUGGGAAUGAAUGGGUACAACGUAUGAAAUACAGAUUAUAUGCUUUAUGGUUUUAUGUACGUUGCUAUUACACUUUUUAUUAUCGAAAAAAUCCUUUGCUUAGGCUUGAUAAUUCAAUGUCCAUCGUAAGGUUGUGGAACAGUACCGGUGCCAAAAAUACUGGUAUACUGAUUCAUUUUUCGUACCGGAAUGCCGGUACUGAGUCAAUCGCAGUACCGGUAUUUCUCGUACCGCAACACGGAGUAACUUUUAUAGCCUUUUGAAAUAAAAUCUGAUUAUUUCUGCA